AUGUGGCAUGCAUUUUUCUACCGGCUCGAGAGGCUUCAUGGACUCAAUGUAUCUAAUGCCCAGCAUCUUUGGCUAUUACAUGAGCUGUUCCUCGGACAGAUCGAGUCUGACUGCAACACAUUUCAAGCUGAAUGGAAUGUACACCCUAUCUCUGGAGAAGGACAUGAUCAGAGCCUGAAUGAUAUGAGGCUUAUGGGCCAGCUCAAGCAUGGACUAUAUGCUGACAAUUGUGAAGGAGUCCAUCCUGAUAUCAUCAGACAAUAUUAUGGAACUGCAGGAAGGCCUAUUCAUUGUGCACCCCAUCAAACUGGAGCAGGUCACCCCUCAGAUGAGGUAUACUCAGCUUCUGGAUCUACUGAUGGAGAAUCAGAUGGUGAAGAAUCAGAAGAGGAAUGGGAAGAUAUUAAUGAUGCAGAGGACAUUGGUACAGAAGAUCUACAAGAGCUUCCCCAGCUUAUUGCUGCAGAUCAUGAUGCCCAUUUUCACCAUAAGCCUGUCUGUGUCCUGAAACAUGCCAGUCCUUUUUGCUCUGCUACUCUUUAUGACACCUUUCAUCAAGCCCUUGAUCAAGUAUGA